AUGAUAGAAGAUUGGAAAAAAGACCUUGAAGAUGUUGAUGCUGUUGUAGUGGCUCAUGAGGUAGACAGAUACUUACUGGAUCCCAUUGAAAAGCCAAGUGCAGGUGUUGAUUUUAAUAUUUUGUCAUGGUGGAGGCUAAUGGGAGGUAAGUAUCCUAAUUUGCAAACACUUGCUAAAGAUGUGCUAGCCAUUCAAGUUAGUACUGUUGCUUCUGAGUCAAGUUUUAGCACUGGGAAAAGGGUUAUUGAUCCUCAUAGGAGUUCAUUAACUCCUAGAUCAGUGGAAGCACUGAUUUGUCUUCAAAGUUGGCUUAAGUCUGAUUCAAUCACAACUCUUGCAUAUACUCCUACCCCAGAUGAAAUUGAAUGGCUUGAAAACACUGAACAAG